AUGAGGUGCUUCGCGAUUGUGCUGUUGGCAACCGCCGUGUUGGCGGCUCAGAAGAAGGAAGACCCGAAAACCAAACAUGACAAACGGAGUCUGGGUCACGAACUCGGCUACGGAUACGGUCUAGGCGGUAUCUCAAGCUACGGUCUAGGCAGUGGUAUCUCAACCUAUGGUUUAGGCAGUGGUAUCUCGGGCUACGGUUUAGGCAGUGGUAUCUCGAGCUACGGUCUAAACGGUAUCUCGGGCUACGGUUUAGGCAGUGGUAUCUCGAGCUACGGUCUAAACGGUAUCCCAAGCUACGGUCUAGGCAGUGGUUACUCGAACUACGGUCUAGGUCUCGGAGGAUACUCGACUGGACUCGGCACGAAGAUAAUCGGGUCGGGACUCUCAGGAGUCGCCGUAGGUAACAGCCUGGCUUCUGCCUACGGUUCCGGAUUGGGAUACGCAGGUUCUUACGGAAAUUACCUCGAUCAUCCCGUCAUCUACGGUGCUGGUCAUGCCAGCGCGCUAAGCGGACUCGGUGGCGUUAGCGUGUUGCCGCACGCCAAAGCCGAGCGCAUCACCGGCCUCACCGUACACCGCGAGGUCCAAGUGCCGGUCCCGGUGCCGCAGCCAGUCCCCGUCGAAGUCACCAAGCACGUACCCGUCCCACACCCCGUGCCCGUCAAAGUAGAUCGUCCCUAUCCCGUUCCAGUAGCGCAACCAGUACCCGUUCCAGUCACUCGUCACGUGCCCGUAAAGGUCGACCGUCCCUAUCCGGUCCCGGUGGCACAUCCCGUCGAGGUACGCGUGCCGCAACCGGUGGCAGUUCCGGUAGCACACCCGGUACCCGUCCCAUACUCUGUCACGAGGCAUGUGCCGGUCGGCGUCGUGCCAUCGACCUACGGUGUCGGCGUCAUACCGUCGAAUGUUGGCAUCACAUCUGGAAUCGCGUCCGGACACGAAUACGUCGGUCUAGGAUCCAGCAGUCUGGGAUACCCCAUCUCGGGUGCGGCUCUGGGUAGCGGAUAUGGCUCCGGUUUUAGCAGCGGCCACUAUGUGGACGGCGGCCUCAUCUCAAGUGGCGUCAGCCACGGUAUUUCUAGCGGUAUUGGAAGCGGUGCGGAACAUCUUGCUCUCAGCAGCGGCUUGGAACACGUUGGAAUCAGCAACUUGGGACCGGCUCUGGGACACAGCGGCACGUACAUAACGUCCCACGGCACUGGCGGAUACAUCGAUGGCGGAUACAUACAUUCGGCACCGUUGAAGAAGUGGUAAACACUCAAGCUAACAACUCGAUUGGACGUGUGUCUUUUAAGGCGCUUCUCUCGAGCAUAAUUCACGGAUCCGAACGUGCAAAAUACCAAUCGUGUUAUGUACGCGUUGUCGAAUAAAUUUAUAUUUUUCUACCGUA